AUGUUAAGUGUCGUACCAGAAUCAUUACAAGGCACCUUUCUGAGCGCUUUAAAAGCACUUCGAAAAAAUUACCAGAAAUCACCCAGUGCAGAGCAGCGGUGUUUGCUAGAAAAUGUUUUUAAAUUUCUAGACGACGAACAAUUUGAAAUGAGUGAACAGAAGGAUGUGGAAGAGUUUUUAACUAUUGUAUUGGAUAAAAUUGACUCUGAACUAAAAUCAUUUGCAAUCAGUACAGAUACCGAAUCAGUGAUAUCUCUUUCGUCAAUUUUUGGUUUCGAAUUGAAACAUGAAAUUAUUUGCAAUAAGUUAGUGUUUCUACUUACAUAG